GAGGGUAGUUGUUGAUUUGAAUAUUAGAGCGCAAGGGAAAGGAGGGUUCCUCUACAACUUCUCCUCCCUUUAAAGUCUCUUGUAAACCAUUUCUCAUUUUUCACCAUCCCAAAACCUUCCUUCAAUUCUUUCUCUCUCUUCUUUCUCUAUAUAUCUCUUGUUUUCAUGACAAUAUUAAGGUUCAACUAGCCUAACUACAAAAUCACAAACAACAUUAUAAACAUUAUUACAGAAUUAAGAACACAUAAAUUCAUCAUUUUUUUUUUUGAAUAUAAACCAAGAUCGAUCAUAUAAUAAAAUGACAGUGAAUCAGAAGAUGUCAUGGAGAACAUUUAUGCCAUGUUGUAUUAUCUUAGAAGAAUCAUCAGCUGAAAUUCCAAAACCAAGAAAAGUUGCAGCUGAAGAAGAACAUCAUCAUCAUUAUAUUAAUCCAUUUCAAAGAAUUGGUUUUGCAAAUUUAAGUGACCCAAAUUCACUUACUUUAUCUGAGGAUCUAUCCAUUUCUCUUGCUGGUUCAAACAUUCAUGUCUUUAAUCUCAAUGAGUUAAGAUUGAUCACUCAAAAUUUCUCCUCAAGUAAUUUCCUUGGUGAAGGUGGGUUUGGCCCGGUCCAUAAAGGCUUCAUUGAUGAUAAAAUUAGGCCCGGCUUGAAGGCCCAACCUGUUGCAGUUAAAAUUCUUGACCUUGAUGGCACUCAAGGUCAUCGUGAAUGGCUGGCUGAAGUCAUAGUGCUAGGACAACUAAGACAUCCCCACUUGGUAAAGUUGAUUGGAUAUUGCUGUGAAGACGAACAUAGAGUUCUAGUUUAUGAGUAUAUGCCUCGAGGUAGCCUUGAAAAUCAACUCUUUCGAAGAUUUUCUGCUUCACUUCCAUGGUUAACAAGACUAAAGAUUGCCCUUGGAGCUGCUAAAGGACUUGCGUUUCUUCAUGAAGCAGAGAAACCUAUCAUUUACCGCGAUUUUAAAGCCUCGAACAUCUUAUUAGAUUCUGAUUUCACUCCUAAGCUAUCUGAUUUUGGCUUGGCAAAAGAUGGGCCUGAGGGAGAUGAUACCCAUGUUUCUACUAGAGUUAUGGGGACACAAGGUUAUGCCGCUCCUGAAUACAUCAUGACAGGUCAUUUGACAGCAGCGAGUGAUGUAUACAGUUUUGGAGUCGUACUCUUAGAACUUCUUACAGGAAGGCGCUCAAUGGAUAAAAAUCGCCCUCCAAGAGAGCAAAACUUAGCAGAAUGGGCUAGACCACAACUACAAAGCCAACGAAGACUUACUCGAUUAAUGGACCCAAGAUUAGAGAGCCAAUACUCAGAAGAUGGAGCUCAAAAGGCUGCAUUACUAGCUUAUCAAUGCUUGAGCCAUCGGCCUAAGAGCCGACCCACUAUGAGUGUUGUCGUAAAGACCUUGGAACCCUUGUUGAACCUAGUCCAUGAUAUUCCAUCUGGACCCUUUGUGUACACUGCACCAAGUGAUCAAAGUCCCUCCCAUGACAAAAUCGAAGGUGAAGCGAGGAGAGAAAAUGGCCACCAUCACAACCACAAUAACCACCAGGAACGUCCUCCUCGUCGACAUGACAUAAGCCGGUUAAGAGCACCAAAACCUUCAAGCAUUGUACACUCAGACCCUAAUGUACAAAAAAAUCUCAGAAACGGGUUUAACUCCCCUGGCCACCACCACAUGGGUAGAGGUGCAUAGACCACAACCAAAUGUUAAAAAAAAAUUCUCUAAAAGAGAGGAGAAAAAGAAAAAACUUCAUAUUUGUAAAUAGAAGUUUGCAAAAUGUCAAGUGUCUAGAUUAGAAUAGGAAUACAAUAUACGUUUGUCUCUUUUUUUGUUUAUUCUUUGAAUUACGGGUUUUUUUUUACUAGUUUUUAUCACCAAAAGUUACAUAUAUAUAUAUUUUUGAAUUUAUACAAAAUUGUACCUAGUUAUAAGGAGGAAUAGAAGAUUAUGCUAAUGAUACUUUGAGUUUAUUUAAUGAAGACAAGCUAGCUAAAUAUGCA